AUGAGCGCCCUGGGAGAGUUCACCAGAACACAGAUCUUCGGCACCGUGUUCGAAAUCACCAGCCGCUACACCGACCUCAACCCGGUGGGCAUGGGUGCGUUUGGACUUGUGUGCCUGGCAGUCGACAAGUUGACGGGCCAGAACGUCGCCGUGAAGAAAAUCAUGAAGCCCUUCCUGACGUCGGUGCUUGCAAAGAGAACAUACCGAGAACUCAAGUUGCUCAAGCACUUGCGCCACGAGAAUUUGAUCACGUUGGACGACAUUUUUUUGUCGCCCUUGGAGGAUAUUUAUUUUGUCACCGAGCUCCAGGGCACAGACUUGCACCGCUUGUUGACCUCGAGACCCUUGGAGAAACAGUUCAUCCAGUACUUCACCUACCAGAUCUUGAGGGGCCUCAAGUACGUCCACUCGGCGGGCGUGAUCCACAGAGACUUGAAGCCGCUGAAUAUCUUGAUCAACGAGAAUUGUGACUUGAAGAUCUGCGACUUUGGCUUGGCCAGAGUGCAAGACCCGCAAAUGACGGGCUACGUGUCCACUCGUUACUAUAGAGCGCCCGAGAUCAUGUUGACGUGGCAGAAGUACGACACUGAGGUGGAUUUGUGGUCUGUUGGCUGCAUUUUGGCCGAGAUGAUCGAAGGAAAACCUCUCUUCCCGGGCAGAGACCAUGUGCACCAGUUUUCCAUCAUCACAGAGCUCUUGGGCCUGCCUCCACCAGACGUGAUCGAGACCAUCUGCUCGGAAAACACCUUGAGGUUUGUCCAGAGCUUGCCCCACAGAGAGCCGAUUCCUUUCAGCGAGCGGUUUGCCAACUGCACCCACGUUGAGCCCGAGGCGAUCGACCUACUUCUGAAGAUGCUCAUAUUCGAUCCAAAGAAGCGAAUCUCCGCCGCAGAUGCCUUGACCCACCCAUACAUGGAGCCCUACCACGAUCCUACCGAUGAGCCAAUUUGCGAGACCAAGUUCGAUUGGAGUUUCAACGAUGCCGAUUUGCCCGUCGACACUUGGAGGGUGAUGAUGUACUCGGAGAUUUUGGAUUUCCAUCAGAUGAGCGGCGCAGGCCAGGACCCCUCGUUGCUGGGCGAUGCUGCUCAGGCCCAGGCGUCGUUGAUGCAAGGGGAGCCUCCAUUGGUUAAGGACGGCGAUGCGGUGAACGACGACCAGAAACAGGAGCAGGCACAGCCUCAGGAGACGUAA